AUGUCCGCUCCAAUUCCUGCUCAAAACCUAUAUCUUGGCCAAGCCCGUGCCACCAAGUCAGUCGAUGACUGCAUGUCAAUCUACGACAAAUGGGCUGCCACAUACAAUGACGAGGUUGGAGAUGCGGCUCAAAGCUACGUGGCUCCGGUCUUGGUUGCCCAAGCCGCUAUUAAAUACAAUUCAACCACCAGUCCUGCCAACAGUGUCAUCCUAGAUGCUGGUUGUGGAACCGGCCUCGUGGGCCAGGCUCUUUCAAUCGCCAGUGCAAAGGCAAUUGACGGCAUUGACCUGUCUGCUCCCAUGCUCGACGUGGCCCGCAAGACUGGUGUUUAUCGAAACCUCGAUCAGGCGGAUAUGAACCGUCCCAUCAACCAGGCAGACAAUACCUACGAUACAGUUGUAUGCGUCGGCACUUUCACUCUUGGUCACGUCGGCCCGGACCCUGCCUUGAGAGAACUCGUCCGUGUGACCAAGAGAAAGGGUAUCGUGGUUGCCACGAUCCUCGAAGAGAUCUGGGUCCCGGGCGGAUUCAAGGAUGAGGUCGAGAAAUUGCAAGCGGAAGGACUGGUGAAUGUGGUCUCGGAGGAUUUAAUAGACUAUGUAAAGGGACACGGCGACAAGGCAGUGCUAUUGAUCUUAGAAAAGAUCCACCGUGCCUGA